AUGUUUGUCUAUCAUCAUUUUGUGGUUUUACUUUUUAUAACUGCAAUUAAUGCAAAUAUUGAAGUGGAUAAUGAAACUAUAAACUUCACCUGUGAAUUUCAUAGUUUAAUAAGGGGUAUUUAUGCCGAAAGAUCUUAUAAAACAAUCUUCCUACAAACACGAAGCGCUGAGGAUUGCAUUGAUGAGCAUUUGUUGCGUUAUUGGCCGGUGCCAAUCAUUAAUUUGGGUGCUGAGGAAACUAUGACAAGCAUUUAUUACACUUACACACCAUUUCCAUCCUUCGAACUGGAGCAACAUAAGCUAACAAGUGCAGCCAAGUUUUUUAUUAAUCGUCUAACAAAUCUGAAAGGCAAGAUAUUGCUUACAUUACCCGAUUUGUUUGAGCCACGCACUAUAUUGUACACCGAUAAAUCAGGCCAGCAGAAAAUUGGUGGCUAUAUUGGCAAAUUUAUGCAUUACUUUGCUGCAUACUACAAUUGCACUCUACAAUUUGCUUACAAUAUUACACCGCAUAAUGUUUAUCACAAUUCCGAACUGUUACUAACUGCACGUAAUGAGACAGUGGAUAUACCCAUCAGUCUCAUAUCAGCCCAGAAGGGCUUUAAUAUCAACGAGUUCAGUUAUCCAGUUGAAAUUGGUAAACUGCUGACGAUGAUACCAGUUGAACCCCCAGUACCUACAAAUAUGAUAUUACUACAAAUAUUUAAUCUUAAGACAAAUCUUUGUCUUUUUGUUAUUCAUUGGUUGUUAUCACUGCUAUUAACACUACAAACUUCAAAACAACGUUUGACUAAGAAAAACAGUACUGCUUUUACUGCCAAACUAACAAUGCUGCUCACGGAUCCACCCACAGUAGAAAAGAUUCACAGUUUUGACGAUGUCCGCGCUCUAAAUAUGAAAAUAAUGGUUUGUGAACAAGACAUACCACGUAUUACAUACUACGCUGGCGAAACCUUUUGGCAAAAUUAUAAGCCCAUCUUCAAAAUCGUCAAAACUUUUAAUGAGUUUCAGUCUUAUAGGCAGGCUUUGAAUACUAAAUAUGCAUAUUUGAUAUCUUUGACGGUUUGGCCAGUUUUCGAGGAACAACAGAAUUAUUUUGCUACAAAAUUAUUUCGUCUCUCUACCGAUCUCUCCUUUACAAAUUUCAUACUAUACGCUUUUGCUGUACAGGAGAACUCAUUUUACAAAGAACCUCUCAGACAAUUCUGUGUCCUUGUGCAGGAAACUGGAAUUUAUCAACAUUGGUAUGCUAUGAGUUUCUACGAAAUGGUCAAACUAGAAAAAAUUAAUUUUGUGGAUCUUAGUGGCGGAUAUGAACAACACUCGUUAAAAUUUAAGGAUUUUAAAUGGAUUUGGUUGACAUAUAUCCUCUUCAUGAGUAUUAGUAUACUUAUAUUUUGUGCUGAAAUAAUUUGGAAACACAAAUUUUAA